UCUAUGCAUUGUGCCAAACCCAAACAGAAAUAGAAUUUGUUCUUGAACGUACUUGAAUUACAACAAACGCAAUUACCGACGAUGGGAAAAGGCCCCAAAGGCGGAAAAGGAGCCCCACCAAGUGGCCAAACUGACCAAAAAAAGGGGACCCAGACCACGAAAGCCGGUGACCAAAAGACCGCAAGUAAAGAAAGCACCCAAAAAGGGGGCAAGAAAGGUGGCAAGAAAUGAACCUUCGUUUUGACGAUUUUUAAUGUAUUCGUAUUUUCACAUGUAAUAAAUAAAUAAUAAAGAUUGUUAAUCGUUAUUUAAUUAUUCAAAAAAAUUAAUGAACCCCGUUUUGACAUUUGACAUUUCGCCUGUCAUUUCGUGCAAACGUCAGCUUCAGGUGCCCCUUUCCGGGCAUUUUCUCGCAUUUUAGGUGCUUUAAACCGAUGCGUGUGGCUUGAGUCGCCCCCAUGAUGGGUCUAAACCAUGUUGGAACGAAAUUGUGAAACCUAACCUCACUUUCGGUCGCCCCCUUAAAAUGCCUCUACCGCAGAAUCUGAACGUGGUUUUGGGCGCCGGUGUGUUUGGGAUCGUGUGUGCGGCCACACUGUACGUGGUCGAGCGGUUUAAGCAGGACCGGCGGCGGCAUGCCAUGGCCAAAGACCUCGCCCGUUUGGACACUGAACUCUCAGUCCUUCGUCGCGAGUUAGACACCCUUUUGGCGACGCAACGACAAAAGGGGCUGAAACGGGCCAAAAAGACCAAGAAGUCGGAGAGUUUCGCCUCGUCGGAGGAUUACUCGUCGGCGGUGGACGCGGACAGCUCCGAUUUGGAGUUCUACGACCUGAGUGACGACGAGGGGGGCGCUAGCGCGACGGAGGAGACGGAUUUGGUCAAAAUUGACGCAAUCCUGGAGACAGGUGGUGUAAGCGAGCUGGAGGAGUGCCUCCAGCAGCUGCAAACCCUGUGUCUGGAAGCCCCCGAGAACCCCGAACUGCUGUGGCGACUAGGCAAAGCCCACUACCGCCUAUUUGAGAAGACUGACGAGAAGCAGCACCUAGAUAAGGGCAUUGAGGCGUGCAGUGGGGCCCUGGGGCUGCGCCCCGAGCUCGCCAACGUGCACAAAUGGCUGGCGGUGCUGUUGGGCUCCCGCACAAAAUUCCAGCCGCUCAAGGAGAAAAUCCUCGACGGCUUGAAGGUGAAGGAGCAUGUGGAGGCAGCACUGCGCCUGAGCCCCCUUGACCCGGUGCUGCACCACAUGCUGGGGCGGUUCUGCUACGACAUGGCCGAGCUGAAGUGGUACGAGCGCAAGGUGGCGGCGGCGCUGGCGGCGGAGCUGCCCCCGGCCACCUACGAGGAGGCGCUGGGGCACUUCGAGCAGGCGCAGAGGCUUAAUGAGAGCGAGUGGAAGAAGAAUUUGCUGUUUGUCGCCAAGUGUAAACUUAAUUUGGGGCUGGUGGAGGAGGGGGUUAGGGUUUUGCGAGCUGUGAAGACUGAUAAUGGGGCCGAUGAUGAGGAUGAUCGGGAGGUCAAAGAGUUGCUUAAAAAACAUAGCCGAUAAUUUUAGGGAUUUUUAACUUGUCUAGUUGGUUUUGUUGUGAGAUUUUAACGGGGGGUUUUAUGUUUUUUACUACGUUUUUAGCAUUCCGAGUACAUGUCGCAAUGGUUUUGUCAAGUAUUGUCUAUUUUUGUAGUAACUAUGUUGUUAGGUGUACAAAUACCGUUGAAUAAAAUGCAGUUGAGGGAA